CAGUCAGUUGGCCAGUCAGUAGGUCUACGGUCGUUCGGUCAGUGUAUAUUUUGCGACAGCAAAGGUGUGAAUAAAAACCCAAUAUAUACAUACAAAUUAAAACUCGCCUGAAUUCGGAGUUUCACUUACGAAACGAACGGAAAGAAAAUCGCUAAGAAAUACACGAGUACAAGUAUAUAAAUUUAUGUAAAUAUGUCAGUGCGCAGCUCACUUCACUGCUCUGCUUAUGCAAGUGCCUGGGGCGCAUAGAAUAGCCCGCAACAAGUGAAAAAACAAGGUCAGCAUUGAACUCAUUGGACACCAAUCCAAUCAAUAAUUCAAGUGCUGUUAGGUGCGUGUAACACGCUGCGUAUGCGUAACGAGUGCGAUCAGUGAAUUGCAAUUUAAAAAUAGAAAAAUGCGCAAUUGUUUGCCAAAAAUUAGCAGCGUUUUUCGCGUCAAGUCAGCGGCAAGGGGCGAAAAUGUUGGAAGCGGGGGCAAACAGCGAGCAGCGAGCCAUUCAAAUGAGUCGGAUUGUGAGAACGAAACGGAACAAUAUGUGCCAGCAAAGACAAUGGUGACGACUACAAAAUGUGAUCAAUUAGCUGAUAGUGAUAAUGAAAUCCAGCGCCAGUCGGACGCAACUAUACUCUACAUUGAUGACGACAACAACCACAACACCGACAAUAACGACAACAACAACAAAAACAACAUCAACAACAAAAACAAAGGCAAUAACAGCGAUAAGACCAAAGCAAAGAUAAGCAAAGGCGCAUCUAAUGUCGCAGAUUUGAACAGACACAGCAGCAGUCUCAGUGCCAGCAGCGAGAGCAGCGAAACCACAAUAAGCCAAGUGACGAUGCGUCCCAGCAUUCGGCCCAUGGAUGUCCGUCUGGUUGGUGGGAAAUCCUUGGACAGCGCCAGUGCGGAAAUGCUCAAACAGCCUCUGGGGGUUGUCAACUGUAAAACACCAGAGGAAAUGGAGCGGGAGUACGAGGCUAAUGUGGCGGCCGAAGGCCAGGACGUAAUGACACCGUUGCCACGCAGCACAAGGUCAUUGAGCAUGGCGGCCUUCGGCACUGCUAGCGGACGCAAUAUGCAGCCGGAAAUAAUCGAGGCAAUACGUAAUUUGGACGCGCAGGCCUUGCGACUGAAUAAUCUGACACUGGAGGAUAAGGGCGGACGUAACGUGCAGACGACCACGUCUUCUCCUGCUGCUACUGCCGGUCAGUGUGUGCAGGGAGAUGAGGAAUGCGUGAUUUUGCGGGGCAAGGCGGCACAUGAUGUCGCUGUUGCCGCGCCCAGUCUGGGACUCUACGAGCGACGCUUGCCCAGGGUCCCCAAAUUGACACUGAUGGUGGGCAACAAGAAACAGAAGCAGGAAAAGAGCAAAGAGAAGAACAAGGAGAAGAACAAGGAAAAGGAGAAACAGCAGCCUUGCGAGUUCGCUGAGUACAAGUGCUGUCAGCGAAAUCUCAUGGACUUCAAAUAUCCAACCGUGUUACCACCGAAUCCUCAACUUAAGGCGCUUUUAGUCUUUCACAAAUCGGAUAAUAUCUGUGAAGUGAUCACAUUAGCGUGCCAACGCCACCAAUUGGAUGUCACGCUGGUCAAGUCCAAGGAGGAGGCGCUCGAUACGCUGCACAAGUCCUAUGCCACAGCGGAGUGCUAUCAUUUAAUUAUGAUUGACGCGCGCUCCACCAAAAAUCUUGAUGCCGAGCACAUUGCAAGAACAAUACGUCACACACAUGGACAUCAUUUAACGACAAUAAUUGCGGUUUGCAAGAAAAGUUUCUUUGAAAAGGAUGAUGUGCUAAUUGCUCUAUUGGACGCUGGCGUUAAUAGAUGCAUAGCCGAGACCACUAAUUUGGGUGUGUGCAGUGUGGAACUGAAACAGAUUCUGCACUCAAUCAUACGGCCCCACAAUGUCAUGUCCACUCAACAGGCACUUUACACCGCGCUGCACCGGCUGAAGGAGGUGGUCCUCAUCACUGACGAUGUGAUGCGCAUCCAGUAUGCCAAUCGUGCCACCGAGCGCUUGCUCAAUAUGCGGCUGGACGAAAUAAUUAGCAAGCCAUUAGCUGACAUUUUCGUAUCGGACCUAUCGACCAUCACAGCACAGGGCAAGAGCAUCAAAGAGUUCGACGGCAUAUUGACGGUUCGCAGAAAGAAUCAGGACGGCAUACCCAUGCAUGUGCGCGUCGUUCCGGUGGCCUGCAUCGGAAGUGCUCCCACUCAUCUAAUUUUCAACUUUGAUGUGCCCGGCGGUCAAAUGGAUUUCAUAGCAACACUCCCACAACCAAAGGAGGCACCCCGGGGCUCGUUGCAUUCGGUGCGUCGUUGCAGUUUUGAUGUGCGCUCUAUUGCCUCCGAUGGACUGCGACGCACCAGUCUGGCCAAGCUCACGUCCCUGCCACUGGAGGCGCCCAUAACCAAAAUAAUCAAUUUACUAUCACAAGUACAGGAGAAUUGUUCGGCCGACGAGGCGCGCCUCAUAGACAAAGUGCUGGAGUUCCUUAAACGCGAGGGACUCUAUAGUCCGCAAAUGAAGGAGAUACGCACCGAUGAUCCCAUAGCCACCGAUCUUAUUGGCGCCCUGCUGACGGGACCCAGCGUCUACUCAUCGCGUCGCAGCUCGAACGAUUCCAUCAUACGCACUGGCAGCUCUACUCGCACCGCCACUAUUGUGCCCGCCAAAAUGAAGGCGAAUCCCAUCGUUAUGGAAUUGCUUGAAGAAUCUCUUAGCUGGGACUUUGAUAUUUUCAAACUAGAGGAAAUCACCGACUACCAUCCACUGCUGUAUUUGGGCAUGGAAAUGUUCCGGCGGUUCGAUGUCUUCGCCACCCUGAGCAUCGAUGAGAACGUGUGCAAGGCUUGGCUGGCCGUUAUCGAGGCUCAUUAUCGCAAGGGCAACACAUAUCACAACAGCACUCAUGCCGCUGAUGUUAUGCAGGCCACGGGCGCAUUUAUCACGCAGCUGGCCAACAGGGACAUGGUUAUGGAGCGCAUGGAGGAGGCCACAGCACUGAUUGCGGCUGCGGCGCACGAUGUUGACCAUCCGGGACGUUCCUCCGCCUUUUUGUCCAACUCGAACAAUCCUUUGGCCAUAUUGUACAAUGAUCUGACGGUGCUGGAGUCGCAUCAUGCGGCAGUUACCUUCAAACUGACAUUGGGUGACGAUAAGAUAAACAUAUUCAAGAACUUGGACAAGGAAGCGUACAAGUCAGCGCGCAGCACAAUCAUAGACAUGAUACUGGCCACGGAGAUGACGCGUCACUUCGAGCAUUUGGCCAAAUUCGUUAGCGUAUUUGGUAGUGACGUGGAGCCACGUGAGCUUAUGCAAGCGGAGGAGGAAAGUUCCAUACUAAUGCGUCGCAUGCUCAUCAAAGUGGCCGACGUUAGUAAUCCGGCACGCCCUCUGCCUUACUGCAUUGAAUGGUCAGGUCGGAUUGCCGAGGAGUACUUUACGCAAACGGACGAGGAGAAGCAACGGCAUCUGCCCAUUGUGAUGCCAAUGUUCGAUCGCGCCACCUGCAGCAUACCUAAGAGCCAAAUCGGCUUUAUCGAAUACAUCAUACAGGACAUGAUGCACGCCUGGGAUAGCUUUCUGGACAUGCCCCAGCUUAUCACUCACAUGCAGACCAACUACGCACAGUGGAAGAAAUUCGAUGAGCAAGGCAUUAAUACGCUGGCCGACAUCAAGGCCACUCAGCCGCCCAUUGUGACACAUAAGUUGGCCAACUCCAAAUAGCAUACGGCAUUUCGGAGACUUUUCUCGGGACUAUUGAAGCCAUUGCCGGCACAGGCGCCGGGCACAUCCACCAUUGGGGAGAACGAUUUGGAGGAUGCGCUCUAGUGAAGGCCGCAUAAGGGCCGCGACGAGCGUCGCAGUCUCUCGGUGUAGUGCAGCAUAUUUCUACAAUACUUGUAUUUGAUUUUGUAUACAUAUCUCGACUUACUAACGCUUCCAAAAAAAGAAAACCAAUACAAAAAACAAACAACACAGAAAUCGUGAACUAAUGAACGAAUGAAUUGAACGCAGAGAAAAGGUGAAACGGUGCCAAAAAGUUGGACACAUAACACAAGAAAGCAAAAACAAACAAACUAACUGUCACAAAACUAGUUUGAGGAAGAAAAAAUGAAACUUAUUGGGCUGGACUCAAAAUUAAAUAUUUAAGAUGGAAAAAAAUAAAAGAAAACAUCACACAAACUGAAAUUAUAUAUACUUAUAUAAAUCUGUACUACGUAUCGUUAAUAUAUGUAUAGGUAUAUAUGUGUGUACGAGUGUGUCGCAAGGCCUGCACAGGCUUCACAUUAGUCUUAAAAAAACUUAAGAAACAAACAAAAAAAUAAUAGAAAUUAUAGUCACAUAUUGUCGCCUACAGGGCGUAUGAACAAUAUGGCGUGCGCUCAACGGUACCUAAUGCGGUAUAACCAACAAAUUGACACGGGGCGGGACAAGAUCGUCUAUUGCAAUGCAAUAGACUCUUGACCCCUCUAAACAUAAGUUGUAUUUCAAAUGUUUUUCCCUUUCAACAAGACAAUCUCUUUUAAAUAUCAAACUAAAGUUUAAAAUGAAAUGUCAACGCACACAGGCAGGCAUAAAUACAAAACAAAAUAGGAAGGGAAGUCCCGCGAAAGCACUAUGGAACCAGGUCUGCAAACUACUUCUAUUGUGUGGCGUGUGUGUAUAUAUCCUAUGAUGCUAUGGACUAUUAUUAGACUUACGUAUAGCAUAAAAAACAUAAAAAAGCAAAAACAAAAAUCAAACAAAACAAACAAACAAACAAACAAUUCGAAUCCGAAACAUUUGAAACGUGUGAAAUUUUACAUGGGGCCCCUUACUACUAUUUCUACUACAACUAUUACAACUAUUAUGAUUAAUGUUCUAACUUUCUAAGCAUACCUAUUAAAGAAUUAACUAAACUAAAAUGUAUCGUUAAGUAAGAAGAAUCCUUUUUGAAAUCUUUUUUAUCUAAUUGACUGAACAAAUUACAUAUUAUGUAUAAAAAGUAUAUUAAUACGAAUUGAUAAUACGUUCUUGUU